AUGCCAGAGGGAAAUGAGGGCUCGGCGGCUUCUGGCCCUCCUGAAUAUCAGGUAUUCGAUCCACGCAGUGCUUUCACGUUGCUCUCUCCCCCGAGAACCGAAGAGCGCACUGGCUCCCUCGAGCGUAACCUUGCAUUGGACCCCAUGCCUAUCAUCAGAAGAUUCUACCCGCCCCUGCCCACUGACACCCCUAAUAUGCUUUUCAACCCCGCUCACCGUUUCAUCCGCCGCACUAAUCCCCACGAGAUACUAAUAUACACCGAUGGUUCCUGUCUAUCCAAUGGCCUCGAGGGAUCCCGCGCCGGUUGUGGUUUCGUCAUCUCCCCUCAUCACAAACUUGGUUUCAGGCUCGAAAACUUGGGACCAACCGGUGAAUCCCAUCCCCAAACCAGCAAUCGCGCCGAACUGCGAGCCGUUGUUGCUGCUCUCGAAUAUCGCAUCUGGCAAGGUGAUAGCUAUGGGGCCUGGACCCGUCUCAUCAUCGCUACCGACUCUGAAUAUGUGGUUCUUGGCGCCACUGAGCGAAUCAAUCGUUGGAUUCAGCGGGGCUGGCGUACCAGCACGGGAAGUGCGAUCAUGAAUCAGGAUUUGUGGAAGCGAUUGAUAUAUUAUAUCAAGAAAGCGGCUCGACCUGUGGGGUUCUCGGGACCUCCUCAUGGGACCAGCGUGGCAUUUUGGAAGAUUCCGAGGGAGUGGAAUGGGGAAGCGGACGCCGAGGCGAGGAAAGGAGCCCAAUUGGAGGGGAGACAGGAAUUUCAGGUAAUGAGUGGAAUGAUGGUUUAA